UUUUUUUUAACAAUGUCUUAUUUACACCCGACUAGUUUGUCUUUUAAACGAGGCCUUGCUCUUGCCUUUGGCCUGCAGACCCUGUAUUCCACUCGCCAAAGUCAACGGUGUGAAAGUGCAGCUUUCUCUGCCACGCCUCUUUCUUCAGCUCAUAUUCGCUAAAAAAGACCCCCUGAUAUCCAGCAGAAGAAUCUCCCCCCUUUGGCGAAAAUGCUCGGAUGUAUGUACUACGGACAAAUCGGCAAAGAGGACACGGAGCGCUUGCUGGAAAAGUAUGGCAAAGAUGGAAGCUUCCUCCUGAGAGACAGCCAGAGUGUGCCUGGAGCUCUGUGCCUCUGCGUGAGGAAAACUCCAUUUGUCCACACUUACAGGAUUGAGCAUUCAUCUGAAGGCUGGGCUGCUGAGACUAUCAACAGAGAGAAGCCACAGUGGUUUCAGUCCCUGGAUGAGCUCAUUGAGUGCUACAGAAAUCUGACCCCUCACAACAUGGUUCCCCUCCUGUAUCCUCUGGAGAAAGCACACCUGAGUAAGGAGGAUAGGCAGUACACAGGUCCUGCACUGUGUGUUCAUUCAGCAGCACAACUGGCCUACAUGGAGAUGUGAAGACCUGAAGUGACUCUCGGAGUGAAACAAAACUGUAAAUUUGUGUUUUGACAGCUAUUAUUUUUUUCCUUUUUCUUUUUUUAUUUUAAUAAGUAAUGUGAACUCUCUGUUUUGAUGUUGUGAAUGUUCUACUUUUUUUGUCUGAAAUAUGAAGCAGAGUUUUCCCUACCUGUCUAAUCUUUAAGGUGGUACAUUCACUUCUCUCCAGUGAGCCCAUCAUUCUUCCGUUAGUUGACAGAGGCUGCAGCUUCUAUGAAAAUAUUCCACAAGAUGGCAGUAAAGUUAUUAAACGGAAGUCUUUUUCAUUGGCUUCUGUUUCUCUUAACAUUCAACAACAUGCAUUGCUGUUUAAAACCUUGGAAUCACUCAGUCAUAUAAAUAUGUACACACACACACACCUUUCAGUAUUCUUUUUUCUUAAUUGAGUGUCCAAAUAAUGUGUGUAUUUCUUGGAAUAAAAGCACAAGCAUCUCAUGUUACAUGAAAUGUGCCCUUGUUCAUGCCUAAAUAUAAAAUAUUUUGGAAUUUUUUGAAAUGGGACAAAAUAUACUGUGGUGGUUGUCAGUAUACUUGGGGAGACGCCACUGUCUAGGGAACACUGCAUUUUGUUGUUUUAUACACAAUAAUAACUUGUACAGUUUCAUUUUAAAAUAUCAUAAACAAGACAAAAUGUUUUUUUACAUACUGUAUUCAAUAUGAAAUUGAAAAGGUAAAAACUGAAAGCUAUGAAAUGAUAAACAGCAGACUGUAAUUACCCAUUUACAGUAAUGUUUGUGAUGUUAUCUACUGCAGCAUUUGUUCAUCUCUUUUCAAAU